UCAGGCAUCAUUCUGGCUCGCCGCAGAUGGCACAGCCGUUUUAAUGCGGGACUUGUCCUAUACCCCAUGCCGGAUGCCAUAUUUAGUUUGGAGUUGACCCUCUAUGAGUCUCAAGGAAGAGGUGGCGGUCCCGUGCAAGGAAUACCGCAUCUACAUCGAUACCUUGCUGCGGCCCUUCACCUUUGAGACCUUCAAAGCCGCCGUGGACGUACUCGAAAGCGGACGGCUGGCCCUGGAGCAGGCGUUGGUGCUGUUCCUAGACCAGCUGAGGCACUACGUCCCCGGCUGCGACGACCGGAAGCUGAGCCGCGCCUGCCUGCGCCGUGCCCGCGGCAUCGAGGCCCAGCUCGCCGUGCGAUCGCCCCUGGUGCCGCUGCUAAAGCUGCUGCAUCCUGAUGACAUGCACGGCAUUUGGCAUGGCUUUGUCGCCAUGCGCCACUGGCGCGAUUCCCGGGUGCCGCAAGAGUGCAUGCUGAGCUUCCUGGGCGGGUUCUUGGGCGAGUUCUGCGAAGAUGUUCUGGAGGAGUGGAAGCAGCAGGCACUGACAGAGGAGCUGCCAAAGGUGCAGCAGUCCAUCUCCGUGGCGGCGUGGCCGGGGAUCUGCCGGCACCUGGGGCGCCUGCCGCACUGCGUCACACCCUGCGAGAUCCGGGAGACGCUGUGGCAGCAGGCCUUUGUAGAGAACCCAACACGUGCGCCGGGGCAUCGCAACUUCCGGCGCUUCGCGCUGCUUGCAGCACAGAUGGUGGCCAUCGGUGUGGAGCUUGAGUCGGAGAAAGUGGAGUUCCUGUUCCAGCAGGUCCUGAACUUGGACCGCCCCUGGCGGGAGCGUCGCGAUAUGCUGAGCGGCAUCCUUUCCGCCGCGUCGGUUUCGGACCGGCAGCGGGUGGUGCAGAACCUGGACCAGCGUUUCGAUGCGCACGCAGACAUCGAGGAUUUCGAGAUUGUCUGUGGCAUCGCGGAGCACAUUGGCCUGGAGAUCCCUCCAGAGGGCGCCAUCCGGCGCUGCGCGCUGAGGAGGUGGGCGCUGGACACCAAGCGCGGAGGCGCCCUGCCGGUGACGCGGCUCAUGGACUUUGUGGACAUGGACCUUGAAAUCGGCGAGGACGUGGCAUAUUCCUUGAAGCAGCGUGGCCGCGUGGUGGACGCGGCUCUGCUUUUGGCGCGGCUGCCGCGGCCGAACGCCAAGCCGGCUCGCAGGGACCUGGGGAUUGUGGAUGUCCUCUCCGGAGACGUGGAGAUGGACCGCCUGCAACAAGUCCUCGCGCUGGCGGACGACGGGGGCAACGCCUUCAGCGUCUUUGGCCCCGUGACCUCCGCAGGCUUUCUGCUGCCCUGCCACUUUGGUGGCCUCUGCACCUCCCCAGAGGCCGUCUUGGCCGCCUGCGACCGCCUGGAGACCGCGGACAUCCUCGCGCUGCAGCUCUUCCGGGAAGAGGCGCCCUUUUGGCACCGGCCUGGAAGCUUGCUGGUGCUCUGCAGCGCCCAGCACGCGGAGCUCUUCGACCUCCCCAAGCUCCGCGCCUGCGACCCUUCGGCUGGGCCGAACGCGUGGCCGCAGGCGGCGCAGCGCCUGCGGGCGCUGCUCUCAGCACCCAAGGUGCUGAAGGUGGUCUGGGGUGGCAUGGAGGAAGUCAUCGACGUGGCGGUGGAGCUGAGCCUCGGCAUCGCGCUGCCGCUGCGCAGCAACGACCGGGAGGCCCUGGGCCCAGUGGUGGACACCAAAGUGCUGUCCUUCCUGGGCAAGGACUGGCCGAGGAUCUGCCAGCGCUGUUUGGGCCGCCUCUGCACAGAGGAGGAGGGCUCUAACUGGGCCAGGAGGCCGCUGCGGCUGUCGCAACUCCACCACGGCGCGUGCAUGACUUGGACGCAGCUGGCAGUACUCCAGGCGGCAUGCGCCCAUCACCUGGUGAGUGCCGACCUGGUAUGGAGCAACUUCUGCAUCCAGUUCCGGCCCCGCGUCUUCCUGCGGAGCCGGGACUUCGGGAAGCACACCUUGGGCCAGCUGGCGCCGCCGGGCCGACUCCGCGACGCCAAGGACCCAGGAUCCUCCAUGCCGACGCGCGUGGCACUGCUGAAGACGAACGACUCUGAGCCUGAGGCAGUGGAGGUGGUGGGCGAUGUGGGGGCCCUCGCUGCCGUGGUACCGCUGGGAGCUCCGCUCGCCGAAGCAGUGCGCAAGAAAGUGGACCCGAGGCUCCUGUCGUCCGUGAACUGCUGGGAGUAUUCCGCGUGGGUGGCACGCCUGCCGCGUGCCGAUGAAACCGGAAGCGCGGAGGAGAAAAGCCAACAGCAGGACGAGGCGCUGCCGGCCUUCGCCACGCGCCUCGGCACCGCCGGCGCGCCCAAAGUCACGGAGCAGCCCGCGGCGAAAGCCGCGGCGGAGCGCAAGGUGCCGGCGAGGCGCCUCUUGUGGCGCCUCUUCGAGCAAGGCGCCGCCGCAGAUCUCCUCCAAAGCGCCUACGCGGCGCAACCCGCGAGCCUGAUGGGCUGCUACGAGUGAGACGCGAAAGGGGAAGCUUAGAAGGGGUACUGGGGUAGGGAAUA